GUUAGUGAUAAGUCACUCAUCGAUAGAAGCCAAAUUUUUCAAGUCCCUUACACGCCGUUGAGCAUUUCUAAAAAUGAAAGCAUCUCAGAGUUUACUACUUCUUGCUCAAUUAGGUGUCACGCUAGUAGAGGCACGUGUCUCGACCUACAAUGGCACAGAAAAUAGCACAGUUCCAAUCUAUCCGUUGAGCUCCGACGGCUAUUUCGACUUUGUCUUGACGGAAACACUCGCUCUUGCGAAUGGUGGUGGCACCGCCACCAGCGAGGUCCUUCGCCUAGCCAGCCAAAUAGUGCCUGGCGACUUUGAUAGCUGGUUCGAAGAGUAUGACUGGAUGGGAGAUCAGAUAUAUGGCCUUGCUCAGAAAGCCAAGACCUCGAUCACAAGGCGUGGCGCCCUGUUCCGGGCAGCAUCUUACUGGCGCCUUUCCAGCUUUUUCCUGACCGGCAACUCGAGCGACCCUCGACUUUACGAGAAAUGGGACCUUGGGCUCGAUGCUUUCAAUGAAGCUAUUUCUUUGCUGCCAGUGCCCGGUGAAAACCACACCAUUGCUGGCUCCCAGUAUGAUAUACCCUACUACUUCUUCAAGGCUAGCACGGGCCAGGAGAAACGUCCAACUCUCGUCGUUGGAACUGGGUACGAUGGGCCGCAGCAGGAACUGUGGCAUCAGCUCGGCCAAGAAGCCCUUGACCGCGGAUACAACUUUGUUACGUACGAAGGGCCAGGGCAGCCUACCGUUCGAAGACAUGACCAGGCCGGCUUUAUCGCAAACUGGUCCGAAGUGGUAUCCCCUGUCGUCGAUGAGAUCAGCAGGCGCGCCGAUGUCGAUUCAGACAAUCUAGCCUACAUAGGCCUCUCGUUUGGAGGUCAACUCGCACCACGUGUCGCUGCUUACGAGCAUCGUUUCAAGGCCAUUCUGUCUGUUGACGGGCUUGCUGAUAUGCAAGAUGCAAUUCUAUCUCAACUCCCGGAGGCACUUGUCGAGGCCUUCAACUCUGGGAAUGCGACGUACUUCGACGAGGUCUUUUCGUAUGCCCUUGCUCAGCCGCCGCGAAACACACAGUUCGUGUGGGUUACCGGCCAGGGCCUGUGGUCAUUCAACACCGAGUCUUACUUUGACUGGCUGACCCAACUCGGCACUUUCAAGGUGUCCCAGGAGCUCGUCGACGACAUAACCACCGUGCACUUGUUUGUUGGCGAGGGCCAGGAUGAUAGACUCGCGCCCGGACAGCCGCUUGAACUUGUUGGGCUCUACAAUAGCUCGACGCAGGUACACGACACCAGGUAUCAUCUCUUUCCCACAGAUUUGGGAGCUGGUGAGCAUUGUCAACUUGGCGCGGAGCCUCAGCUAGCUGGAGAGAUCUUUGAUUGGCUUAGUGGUAUUUUUUGAGUCGUGCGUACUGGUUUCAAGAGAUGGUUUAGCAUCCGUCUUGGAGGUACAAAAGAUUGAUUGUCUAGAUUACUUCUGAGGACUGAAUUAUGAACCUACGGGAGUAAGUACUCCGGCGAAUAAUAGUC